AUGCCACCUUGCAUUAAAGAACAAUGUUUAGCAUUAAAACACAAACAUGAAAAUCAGCCUCAUCGUGUGCAUUUCUUUUGGGAUACCGCUUUAGUAACGCACCAAGAAAAUCAGCAUAAACCUGUUUCUACUUCCCCACAAUUUCACGUGAGUCAUUUAAGAGCAUGA